ACUAACUCACUGACAUUUGCCAUACAGUGUUCGAUUUGUAAAUCGACAUUUUCUCAGCUCACUCGGCCCGUUCGCCCGGCGUUGACUCUGUGUUCCUCUCUUCCCUGUCUUCCCUCUUCCAGUGUUCACUAGUCGCUAGUCACUUUCCGGCGUCAUACAUACCGCCGAGCCCCGUCACUCAGCCUGUUCAUGUCCCGACUGUUGUCAAUCGAGCUUCAUCAUGCCAGUCGAUCCUGCCGAAUCUCCGUGCUCUCUCACGAUCAUGUCUCUGCCACCAGAGACUAUGCUCAACAUCUUUGAUUACUUACACGUAGGCCACAAAGUGACUACAGACCGCACCACCAAGCAUUACACCUCCUUCGCACUCUUCCCUUUCAGCAUCGCUCUUGUCUGCAGCCACUGGCGGGACAUAAUCGCUCAGAAAUCAGAAUAUUGGAGUUCUGUGGUCAUCAUGCUGGACUUCUCGUUCGACUCGUCAGUCAUGAUGACCUGUCUGGAAGCGUUCACGCAGCUGGAGACUAUAAAACUGCACCUUGUCUCUUACGACGAAGUCGAAGUCGAACCUUCUGCCGAAAAUGCUCUUUUUGGCGCCUUCGUGCGGAUCCUUGCACCCUUCUUCCACAAAUGCAAGACUAUCUCCGUUGAUGUGCAGUAUCGCUCUACCAUCGUGGCAGCUGCUCGGAUCCUGGAUGGUCUCAUCGCCCCCGAUCUCGACGAUUUAUACCUAGUAUCCCGGGUCACUGAUUCCACUGAGGACAUCCCGUUCACAUCCCUGAACUGCCCUAAGCUGAAAUACGUCUCGAUGGAUGCCAAAUCUUUCGUAGGGUUUGCAAACGCGAACGCCCAACUUGAAACCAGAAUCGAGAGAAACCACGACUUUGGAAGAGUUCUUUCCGUCUUCCCCUACCACCCAGAAACCGAAUCGCCCAAGCUGACACGGUCCGCGCUGAUCUCCGCAAUCACCCACUUCAUCGACUCCUACGGGCCGCUGGAAUACCUCCUCAUCGAAGACGUCCGCUUCGACCAGCUGGACUUUGACGUGCCAGAAGCGAUCACCGCGGGCGGCAACUACGUGCACCUGUUCGAUCUCGACGCCCGCUUCCUCAGCGCCUUCUUCGCGAACUUCGACCCGCCAGAAGCCGAGGGCGACGAGGGCAUCCUGUCCCUCACGCGCUGCGAGCUCGACUUCCCGAUCGCGGUGCCGUUCAUGGCGACGCUCAUGCUGCGGGAUAUCGACGAUACACACACCGUGCUGCAUGCGCUCAAGUUCUGGGACGGGCUGAUUGUCGACGUAUCCAACUGCGCGGGGUUCACCGAUGGGGUGUUGGACGCGAUGGCGCGCGAGCGUCUGUGUGGCGAGGUUGUGUCGCUCACGGUGCGCGACUGUCCGGUUUCGGUGGCGGGCGUGCGCGGAUUUGUGGCGUCCAGGAGGCAGGAUGAGACUUUUCAGUGUCUCGAUGUCUCUGGGGCGCCACCGCUGAGUAGCGAGGACAAGGAGUGGUUCCGGGAGAGGGUUUUUGACGAGGUGUUGUGGAAUAAGGAAGAGAUCAGGUAAUGAGACGAUGUGGGGAGUUGUAUGCCAGACAAUUUACGACGAUCCUGAUUCUAUCACCUCGCACCCAUCGGAUAGCUUCCUCGAUUCUUUUUUGAAUAUAUAUUUGCUUUCUAUGUACUUGUAAGUGCACUGAUUGAUCGGAAAUUUACUGUAUGUUCAGA